AUGAACAAAUUAAUUAUACUUGUUGUCCUUGCUCUAUUCUUCCAAGCUUCUUUGGGAUGUUUUAGAAUCAAUUUAUCUAGAAGUGCAGCUGGAAUGACUGUAAACAGCGCAGAUAAUGGUAAUGUUAUAUAUAAUGGUAAUCAGGCUGGUGAUACCACGUACCCAUCUUGUGACGGAUGGAAAGAGAAGGACUGGGGUGGAAGCUCCUACGGACACCUCAAGACCAGACACAACUGCAGAGACCUUGGAGAGAACCAAUGGUUGUUCACAAGAUCUGGUUUCAGCUCUGGUUGGAUGAACUUCAAUGGAAACUGUCCAAUCUUCUUCAACCAACUUGAGGGAAACUUGGCCACAUGCUCAUCCAACAACUACAACUGU